GUUUCCAAGGUAUCAAUAGAAUGUUUAUAUAUACACACACCAAUGAAUCAAUAAUCGAAAUGUGACAAAAACAUCAACUUCCCAAUUCGAACCAUACCCUUCAAGGAUUGUAUAUCAUACCAAAUCAUAUUAAACAUCAUUCAUGUCAGAACAAAGACAACCAUUCCGCUUUCGCCUUCCUUGGUUGGCCACUCAACCACAACGCCCUCGUCCCACAACCGAACCCUCCCGAGCACCCUUACAGCCAUCGACAGCCAUUCCCAUUCAGCGACCUGCAUUUAGACCUGCUGGGAUAGCCCCUACACAGCCUCCUCCUCCACAAUCUCAACCACCUUCAAAACUUGAGCCACAAUCAUCCCCCCCAACUUCAUCUAGUGCGGUCACUGAGGCCAUAAAAACAUCACCAUCAGUUCCCGCUGCUAAACCACCAUCACCAUCUCAUGCAACUAGCGAAUCUCCAAAGAUCACUUCCGAGUCAACUUCAUCAUUCGGUGGAACUACUAAACCACCAUCACCAUCUUUUGCAACCACUGAUGCCCUAACAGAUACUUCCCAAUCAACUUCAUCACCAUCAACUGCAACUAGUAAACCCCAAUCACCAUCUCGUGAAACAACUGAAUACCCAAAAGCCAGCUCACAAACAGCUUCUUCACCAAGUGCAACAACUGCUAAAAAAGUAUUGCCAUCUUCUACAACCCCCGAGUCUCAAAAGGACACUUCAAAAUCAACUUCUUCACCACCACCUGCAAAUGCCAAACUGCCAUCACCACCUCGUUCAACUACAGAAUCCCCAAAAACCCCUUCCAGGUUAGCUUCUACACCAUCUUCUAAGACCGCCAAAUCACCAUCUCACGCAGUGACAGACUCCCAAGUCAAUUCCCAACCUGUCUCGCCAACUCACUCAAGGACUCAAAGCAAAGCAACCAUUGCAGCAUUGUCACCUUCAAAAGGAGACUCCAACCAUAAGGCUGGCUCCCUCCCUCCUUCCCCAUCUCAUACGACUUCUCAAGCUCAAUCAGAACCGGGAAAGUCCUCUCAACCUCAGUCCCCAUCUCACUUGGCUUCUCCGAAAACUACUUCAGAAGUUUCUUCUCCUUCUCGGAGGGCUAAUCAACUAGAACCAGAACCAACAGCUGGCAUUGUGACUCAACCCCCAUCUUCGCGCGAUAAGUCACAAGCCAUUAAUCAAGAUAGCUCCAGUGCUUCUUUGGCUUCUGCACAAACCCAAAUAUCCGCACCUCAAGAAGAAUCAAAGAAACCAACAUCUCAGACGUCAUUGCAAGAGCCUGAACCAAAAGUGGAAAUUACAUUUGAGACUAGAGAGAAACCCAACUCUCAAGAUGAUGCAAUGGAAAGGGACACUACAAAAGUUUCAAGCCCGGUGAAAGGCAUAACUUCUAGAGAAGCUACAGUCGAAUCUGUGAGUUUUGUUGCCACAGAUCAAAAGCCUCUUCCAGAAGCGCAGGGAGACAUAGAGGAGCCUGAAGACAGGAAGGAAAAAGUUCAAGAAAUUCCCAAAGAAGAAAAGACGACUAAGGCAACUCAUGGAAAAGAACCAAUGCAGAAGACAUUCAUUGAAGCACCAAGUACCAGAAGGGAAACCAAAGAGACACAUAACGUUGAAAGCAAAGCACCAAGAAGGCAUCAAAAGCAAGAGACUUUGGAGAGAAAGGAAACAAUAUCCACCACCAGUUAUAUUGGGAAGCAACUCAAGUCAUUCCUUCCAUCACAACCAAUAGAGGGGAACACAAGCACAUCUUUUCAAAAGCCUUUUCCGUUUGCUGAAGAAGAAGCUGCUCCACGACAAAGAGAGAUCAAGGAAGAUAUUUCUAAGCUUGUUCGUACACUAGCUAGUGGACCUCAUUUGGAUGAAAGGCAUGUCACUGUCAUUACCUUAACUGGUGAUAACAAAGGAGCUUCCAUGCACUUGAGCUUAGAAGCUGUGAAAAAGGAAGGGUCAAUCCACAUUCAUCGGGGUUACAAGACUGACCCUGAUGAGAGCCCUGAAACAACUACUGAUGGAGAAGUAGGCAUCAAUGGGAAGCGGUUCAAAGAGCAUAUGGCCUUGGCACCAACAGCUUGUGCUAACAGCAAUGUGCAGAGUGUCAACAACUCCAUUGUCUUCGAAGCUUCAGUUACAGAAAGGAGUCCCGGUGUUUAUUUGUCCUCUACUCAAAACACCCCAGAAACCAUCAAGUCAAAUGAAAAACCGGAGUUCGUCCAGACCCGCAAAGCUGAGUUCAUCCCAACCCCUUCUGAGAAGCUUACUCAUCAACCCAAUGUAAGACGACGAUGCCUCAGAGGGCUUUUCUUGGAAUCAAGUGACUCGGACUCUGAUAAUCCUGACAAGCCUCGUCGCCAUGGCUGCCGCUAUAGCUGUGGGGAGAGAAGCAAAGAUAAAGAAAUCAUGUAAUCUAAUAAGCUUUGUAUUGUCUGACGUCUGACAAUAUGGAGGUAAAUGAAAUAUGUAUACAAAUUUUACAAUAAGAAUGAAUGCGUGGUGCGUUCCCAGUC